CCGCCGCACACAGCGCCGCCCGCCGCUAUUGCCAAACAAAUCCCACAUCCUCUUGUCCGCGAUGCUCACUUACCUGUUAGCUAGUUAGCUAACUAAGCUGUCCUCAGAGUUCUCGGCAGCUCUGAACCACUUGGCUUGCUUGUGCUUACGCAGCUUCGUCUGUUUAACUCAUAUCAGGAAAACGAGCUGUACAGUCUGCGAGGACAAUCUUCAUUCGCGCAGAGAGAGACGGAGGAGGAAAUGGCAACGGCCACAGUGGUAGAAGCCGACCCCACGUCCAACGACGGCGCUAGCGCUUUUUCAGGUGUUCAUAGUUCGGGGUGGACGGACUCUCAGCUUCGAAAGUACCCCUUUCAAACAAGACAGAUCCCUCGUCUGUCUCAUACGGACCCCCGCGCAGAGAUCCUUAUCGAUAACGAGGAACCUGUUGUGUUAACGGAUACCAACUUGGUGUACCCAGCACUCAAGUGGGACAUAAAUUACUUGCAAGAGAACAUCGGGAAUGGGGACUUCUCAGUGUACAUUUCUGAAAACCACAAAUUCUUAUAUUAUGAUGAGAAGAAAAUGUCGAACUUCGAGAACUUUGUGCCAAAAUCACGCCGAAUGGAAAUGAAGUUUUCAGAGUUUGUAGAGAAGAUGCAUCAGACAGAAGAGCAGGGUGGAAAAGAGAGAGUAUACUUGCAGCAAACCCUGAAUGACACAGUUGGGCGAAAAAUUGUUGUGGAUUUCCUGGGAUUCAACUGGAACUGGAUCAAUAAGCAGCAAACCAAAAGAAACUGGGGACAGCUAACGUCUAAUCUGCUGCUCAUAGGCAUGGAAGGAAAUGUGACACCAGCACAUUAUGAUGAGCAGCAGAACUUCUUUGCACAAAUCAAAGGUCACAAAAGGUGCAUCCUCUUUCCUCCGGACCAGUUUGAGUGUCUCUACCCCUUCCCUGUUCAUCAUCCAUGUGACAGGCAGAGCCAGGUUGAUUUUGAAAACCCUGAUCAUGAAAAGUUUCCACAAUUUAAAAAUGUCAUGGGAUAUGAGGCUGUUGUUGGACCAGGUGAUGUGUUGUACAUCCCAAUGUACUGGUGGCAUCACAUCGAGUCCCUGUUAAAUGGAGGAGUAACAAUUACUGUCAACUUCUGGUACAAGGGAGCUCCCACUCCAAAGAGGAUAGAAUACCCACUGAAAGCACAUCAGAAGGUGGCCAUUAUGAGGAACAUUGAAAAGAUGUUGGGAGAGGCCUUGGGGGACCCACAUGAGGUUGGUCCAUUACUGAACAUGAUGAUCAAGGGGCGAUACGAGCAAGGUCCCAGUUAAUUGGCAGGAAACAAAUCUGCGUGCUGUUGGAGGGGAUGUGGUAUAAUAAAGUGUAGGGAUGUGAAUGUAUGCUUGUCUGUACAUUCAGACUGUUGAUUUGACAGCGUCUGGCAGUGUUUUGGCUGCCUGUAUUUAAGUCUGCUUUGAUUGUCUCAAGCCAUUGUCUUGUUACUCCAAUAUCUAUUCAAGGAAGGUACCACUAGAGAGAACUUGAUCCGUCUUUUGAGUCCUCAUAAGCGUAGUGUGAUGCAUAUUGCCAAGUGAUAUGAUGCACGAGAAGGAAAAAACAGGCAUUCAAAGCACAGUUGCACCUACCUUAGCGCCUCUUUUCAUUGUUGGUUCCAUCUUAGGACGAGCAAGGUGCCAUAACGAAAUACUGAAUUCCUACAGUUUGGAGUCCUCAUUUAUAAGCAAAGCAUAUCACAUAAGAUGACAGUUAUAAGACCACUUCUAGUGAGCCUUGACUAGAAGCAGUCUUACAAUUGGUGAAUUUACAGUGUACUGUAAUUUGUGCAAAAUACAAGACUUUUGAAAUUAGUGCAGAAUUUGUCAGUAGUUUUGCAGUUAACAGGAGCAGUCCGCAGGAAGUAUUGUUUUAAAACACUGAAGGAAUGUUUGGCCCUGUCAUAGCUGGAUUACUGAAUGAAGUUUGAUCAUUGCUGAGUAUUUCUAUAUUUUUUUUAUCUUUUGUGUACAUUCAGGCAUAUAUUUUAUUUACUUUUUUGUUUGACUUGUAUAUUUGUUUGAAUGUAACCUUAUUUUACAUGUGGUACAAUUUCAGGACUGUAACUGCAAGUGAGGGCAAAUAUGUAAUUUAAUAUACUGUAUUUAGAAGGCAUUAAUAUUAACUCUUUUGCCGUCUGAUUUCAAUAAAAGAUAUUUUAUAGGUAAAAAUGAAUCUGUCCUACGCAGGAGUGAUAUAUACCCAUCAGAUUUUUGAUAAUGAUAUUGGAUCUGAAAGGAAUAUUAUGCUUGUGUUCUGAGGUUGCUAUACUAUUUUUAAAGAAUGCUAUAAUCUUAAUUCUACAAACAAAGUCUCCAGUUUGCUUGUUACCACAUUUUUAUCUUCCUAAUAGACGUUUGAUUAACCAACAUAUUUAUCCAUUAACCUGUCCAUAUACUGUUGAUAUCUCAUCCUGUGAUCUAGUUAAUAUUGCAUUUGCAUGUAAGAAUUUGUUUACAUUGGCCAUGGUACUUUGUUUAAAGACAUCUUGAUCUGAAAAGAAAAAAAAUAGCAUUGAUAACAUUCAUAGUUUUGAUCAUAUUUUGGGUGCCAUGCAUUGAAACAUGUUACAAAGUAGUGACAGUCUUUAUGAUAUAGCUACUUGUAUAUGUGCCAAAUUCAUUUUCCUGACAUGGAGUUGUCUGAAAGUGCUUGAAUACGAUUGUUGGAUUUAGUUGAACAAUUAAUGUUGAAGUAUUGUCUUUUUUGAUGACAACAUUUCUAUAGUUUGUUUAUAAUGGCAAUUGAAAGAAUGAGAUUGUUAGUAUAGCACUUAAAUUAACUGGGGAUACUGAGCGCAAGAGCACUUAAAAUGGAGUAAAUAUAUCCAAAAAAAUAUUGUACAGAGCACUUGGGACUGCUUGUCAUUUCUUACUGAAGGAUGAAUAUAAAAUGUGACCAUUAUUUCAGGCAGUAACGGCAUCUAAAAUCGGUAAUUUCCAUCUGUAAGAACAGUUUGGAAGAUUUCAGUCCACUACUUUAAAAAAGUGAGCAGUAGUAAACAUGUGACUUGGUGACUGACAUGAAAAGAAGACUUCCUUACUUAUGAGUGAAAACUUAAAUUCAUAAAAUCAAUAAUUCCUAAGCCAGAACAUUUCUUUGGAAAUUCUGGUAUGUACAAUUCAUUUGCUCUGGUUUUUCCAUCUGUUGGGGAGUGAAUACUUAUUCAUACAUGCAGACUCACUGGUAAAUAAGUGCCUGGGCAAUGCUGACUCCAAACUGUAUUCAAGAAUAGAAAUCACAUCUUAUUGUUUUUCUCAGAAAGCUUACUCUAAAUCCACACUCUGCAUUUCUCACUCAUUAAUAUGAAAGGGGAGCAGUUGUAUUCUCCAGUUUAGGUAGGGAAUAUGACCAUGAUAAUAGGCUAUUGACCAUUUCUUUAGAAGUCCUUGAGAGUAACACCCUCCUUAGAUGUUUCUCCUAAAGAAGUGAAGCAAAUACUGGUGUUCUAGCACAAGUUAUAAUGUACAAAAAUGUUUAGCAUGAUCCUGCCCCUCUCCUUUUUUAAGUAAUACAAAAUUAUUUUUUUUUACUUCCUGUGUCCUUGAAUAAUUUGCUCUGCUGUAUUACUAUAUGAUUUCUAAGUUGAAUGGCUACUGAAAAUGAUGUUCCAACCUUUUGUGCAUGUACUUCAUAAAUAAAACUCUUUAAACACAAA